AUGUAUUCAAUCCUCACCGCUUUUGUAAUUUCUGUUGCAAUUGCAAUUUCUUACGUCUUCGUAAUCUUUUGGGGCCAAAACAUCAAACAAGACAGAAAUGAUCCACAGGUAAUACGAGGUAGAAUCUUCAGAGUUACCACAUUAUGUGUGGUUUUAACUGCCAUGUUGCCCAUUUUAAUUCAAUGUUUCUUAAAUCCAUACCCUACUUUAUUGAAAAGUUAUCAACAGUUGAAGAUCUUUCAACUCCCCAAUUCAAAAGACUUGCAAAGUAUUCUUUUGAUGUGCAUAUUAUAUACAGGACCUAUAUGGAACUACUUCCACAGCAUCAACUACGACUUAGCUGGAUGGGUUCAAGAAUGUAAGGAAGAGCUAACACUGAUUCAGGGCAUAAGAGAUUUGGUAUUUGCGCCAAUUUCCGAAGAGGUUGUUUACAGGUCUCUCAUCUUACUAGUAUACCAACCUCUACUCCAGUCAGGUGACUUGUCCACUAGGAGCUUUAUAACCUACACGCCAUUAUUAUUUGGAAUUGCUCAUUUCAACCAUGGGUACGUGCUAUACAAGGUCAGAAAAAUCGAUCUCGCUAUGGUUCUAUUCAACGGAAUGGUUCAAUUCACGUAUACCUCGAUAUUUGGGAUGCUUGCGAACUACUUGCUCCUCAGAAAUGACAGUAUAUAUGGAAGCAUAUUAGUGCAUAGUAUGUGUAAUUUGAUGGGGUUCCCAGAACUUGUUCCCGAGAUGUCUGAACUAAUCUACUACCCAUUGCUUAUAGUUGGACCAAUUGCCUUCUACUACUAUUUGUAG